AUGACAACUUAUUCAAGAAACAGCGCUUACCUCACCAAUCUCAGAACCCUUUUGUCCUCCCUUUCUUCCAACCGUCCCUCUUUCUCCACCGGAUUCUAUAGCACCUCCGCAGGUCGGAGCCCUGACGUGGUUUCCGGACGUUUCCUAUGCCGGGGAGAUGUAACGCCGGAAGUCUGCCGUAGCUGCGUCGCCUUUCUCGUCAAGGUCACCUUCAAUCGGUGUCCGAAUGAAAAACAGGUCACGCUCUAUUACUAUGAGUGUAUGCUCAUAUACUCGGACCGUAAUAUUCUCUUGAACUCUUCACUCGAAAGUGGUUUGAUCGAGUGGAACCCUCAGAAUGUUAUAUCGAACCAAACACAGUUCAUAAACUUGGUCUCUUCCACAAUGAAUCAAUCUGCUGUCGAGGCAGCGAGUAGUUCUAGAAACCUCGAUGCGAGAAAAGCCAAUUUCACAGCGUUCCGGACUAUAUACGUUCUGGUUCAGUGCACUCCUGAUCUGACGAGACAAGAAUGCUUGAGCUGUCUUCAACAGAACAUCAAUCAAUUAGCGAGUGACAAAAUUGGGGGGGAAGUAUUGGGAUAUUGUAGAGGUUAA